AUGCACGGGAAGAGAGCGAAAACCCGCUCAAACCGCUGUGGCCACUUUGUGGCCAUCAGCAGGCCCCGGCCCUACAGGCCCCUGCCGUCCGGCUGGCCAGCAGCCCAGCGUCACCCUGAGAGUUCUCAUUCCCAGCCCGACUGGCUCCUGGCUGUGCCAAGCUCACUCCCACCCAGCGAGCCGGCCCGGCGCCGUGCCCUCUGCUCUUCCCAGUCGCCAGCCUCCCUGGACGGCCACACCACCAUCGUGCUCAUCACCCUCUUUGACUCCUGCCUCCAGACCCCCAUGUAUUUCUUCCUGCGAAACCUGUCGGCCAUCGAAAUUUGCUAUACUUUGGUCAUCGUCCCCAACAUGCUGGCUAAUUUCCUGUCCAGGAGCCAGCGGAUGCCCUUCCUGGGCUGUGCCCUGCAAAUGCAUCUCUUCAUCGCCCUGGGCGGAGCGGAGUGUUUCCUGCUGCUGGUGAUGGCCUAUGACCGCUUUGUGGCCGUCUGCAAGCCCCUGCACUACAGCCUCAUCGUCACCAGGGUGCUGUGUGUGCGGAUGCUGGCUCUGGCGGGCACCGGCGGCUUUGCCCUCUCCCUCACGCUCACCACCCUGAUAUUCCUCCUGCCCUUCUGCCAGUCCCAUGAGGUCAAUCACUUCUUCUGUGACAUCCCCGCCCUGCUCCUCCUGGCCUGCUCGGUCACGCGGGCCAAUGAGGUCGCCGUCUUCCUCGUCUGCGUGUUCAUCCUGCUGGUUCCCUUCUCGCUGAUCCUGCUCUCCUACGGACACAUCCUCGCUGCCGUCCUCAGAAUCCGCGCAGCCGAGGGCAGGAGCAAAGCCUUCUCCACCUGCGCGGGCCACCUGCUCGUCUCUCUUCUGCACUACGGCUGCGCCAUAUUCAUCUACAUCCGCCCCAAGGCAUGCUACGCCCCGGAGCAGGACAAAAUCGUCUCCUUGAUCUACACCAACGUGACCCCCAUGCUCUACCCUGUGAUCUACAGCCUGAGGAACAAGGACGUCAAGGGAGCCCUCCAGAGACUGCUGGCGAGCCCUGGGCGCAGGAGCUGA